CACCUCCCUGUUGAAAUGGCGCUGAGAGGAAAAGUUGCUAUCAUUACAGGUUCCAGUUCAGGAAUUGGGGCAGGGAUUGCUGUAGCGUUUGCCAAAGAAGGGGCCAAACUGUCAUUGACUGGUAGGAACCAGAAGAAUUUGGAGGACGUGGUCAAGAACUGCAAGAAGGCAGGGUGUCAGGACGUUCUCAUAAACGUGGGAGACGUCACAAAGGAUGCUUUCAGAAAGACUCUCGUGGAGACAACCAAGAAGAAGUUCGGGAAAAUAGACAUACUGGUGAACAACGCUGGGAUCUCAGACCUGAUUCCGCUGACAUCAACGACCAAAGAGCAGUACGACAGAAUGAUGGCUGUCAACGUUGAGGCACCUUUGUUCUUGACACAGUUAGUUGCACCGCAUUUGAUUGAAACUAAAGGAAACGUGGUCAAUACGUCGUCUGCCGGAACGUCCAUGAUCACUCCGAAUACAGGUGUCUAUAUCAUGUCGAAGGCGGCCAUAGAUACAUUCACAAGAUACCUUGCUCAAGAACUGUCAUCACAUGGUGUGCGUGUCAAUUCAAUCAAUCCAGGCUAUGUACCCAGCAACAUAAUGUCAAAGGUGUUGACUAAAGAAGUAUCCGACCAGAUGGAUAAAGCUAUAACACAGGCAACACCAAUUGGUCGAGGUGCUACCCCAGAAGAAAUGGGUCACAUUGUGGCCUUCCUAGCCUCGGAUAAAGCAGCCUUUGUAACUGGAGAGAGUUUCAGGGCCGAUGGUGGGUUCUCAAUGACCACACCAGCCCUUGGAUAGAAAAUGAGUACUACAU